UGUUUUGAAGAGUGGCGUGUAGGCAGUGACCAACUACGGUCAGGGCUGGGAAACUAGCACACAUACACAUACACGAGAGAAAAAAAAACAGCUUUGCAUUUCUAGUUGAUGCUGCAGUUGGAAAGGGAUCGACUCUAUAUGGCCCCUUGUUCUGCCAUGAGCGCUCUGCAAGUGACGGCUGGCGGCGUGAAAAGCGAGGAGCCUCCCCGCUCCUUGAGCAAUGGCAAGCGGGUGGGCGACGUGGAGAUUGAGCGGCCCAAGGCACCGCCGGUUCUGCUGCCUUUCAGCGUUGAGGCGCUCAUGUCGGACCGGAAACCCAGCCGAGAGUGUUCGGCCGCCGCCGAGGGGACCUCGCAGAGCCUGAGCCCUCGCCUGUCCGCCCCGGACACGCUGACGGCCAGCAGCUCCUACACUGUGGAAGGACUCUUAAAAAUCUCUGAGGACGCCUUGGUCAAAUCGGAGAGUAGCGAGCGACAGGAGCGAACGCCGUGGAUACAAGAUCCCCGGUUCUCCCCGCCGCCCAGACGGAUGAGCCCUUCGACCUGCACCCUCCGAAAGCACAAAACGAACCGCAAACCCCGGACGCCUUUCACCACCUCACAGUUACUGGCCCUGGAGCGCAAGUUCCGCCAGAAACAAUACCUGUCCAUCGCCGAGAGAGCCGAGUUUUCCAGCUCCCUCAACUUGACAGAGACUCAAGUGAAAAUCUGGUUUCAGAACCGGAGGGCGAAGGCCAAACGACUGCAAGAAGCCGAGCUGGAGAAACUGAAAAUGGCAGCGAAACCGAUGCUGCCGCCGGCUUUCGGCAUUAGCUUUCCAAUUGGCACGCCGGUGCCUGCGACUUCGCUUUAUGGAGCAUCUCAUCACUUCCACAGGCCCACUCUGCCUGUAUCCCCCGUUGGACUGUACGCUGCUCAUGUCGGAUACAGUAUGUAUCAUUUAGCUUGAAGGGAACCGAAAGUGUUGUUUGAACAAAAAACAACCCCAGAAAUUCUAUUGAACGUUUCUCUUCAUCACUUCCCUCCCCCGCCAACCGUCUGUUUAACAAAUAUUCCCCCAUUGGAAGGGGGUUUGUGUACGAUGUAAUAUACUGUAUAUUUGAAGUUUUAUCAUUUAUAUUAUGCUUAUAUUUGUUAAAUAAAUGUAAUUGUUUCAAGUAGUU